AUGCGGUGGGGCGUGUCCCCCGUCCCUCCUCGCCCGUCUCCCGCGCCCCGCGCUCAAAACGGGCGCCCUACGGCCGUCUGCGCGGGCGCCUUCCUCCUCCUCUUCCUCCACCUCCUCGCCGCCCUCGACCUCGCCGUCCCGCCGUCCGACCUCCUCCCCGACACCCUCAACACGCCCAUGGCGUCCCAAAGGACGCCUCGGCCCUUCAAUUCGUAUCCCGCGCCACGGUUCAAGACCGCGGCGCCGUCGUCUGCUGGUGAGCCCCCAGCCCCGUCCCUCGUGCGCCCUGUCCCCGUCCCUCCUCCCACAGCACGCCCGCACGCCCCGACCGCGUACAAGACGUGGGGGGCGUGUCCCCCGUCCUUCCUCGCUCUUCGCCCUCGCCCCGCGCUCAAAACGGGCGGCCGUAUGGCCGUCCCGCGCGCGCGCUGCCCACCGUCCUCCUCCACCAUCUCCCGCCCUCCGCCUUCUCCGUCCCGCCGUCUGACCACCUCCCCGACACCCUCAAUCGCCGAGGACGUCCCAAUGGACGUCCUCGGCCCUUCGAUUCGUAUCCCCGGCGACCGGUCGUCUCACGCGCGCCCACACGCCCCGGCCGCUUACAAGACGCAGCGGGGCGUGUCCCCCGUCCCUCCUCGCCCUCUCCCGCGCCCCGCGCUCAAAACGGGCGGCCCUACGGCCGUCCGCGCGGGCGCCUUCCUCCUCCUCUUCCUCCACCUCCUCGCCGCCCUCGACUUCCCCGUUCCGCCGUCGACCACCUCCCCGACACCCUCAACACGCCGAGGACGUCCCAUGGACGUCCUUGGCCCUUCAAUUCGUAUCCCGGCGCCUCGGUUCAAGACCGCGGCGCCCGUCGUUCGCUGGUGA